AUUCUUGUAUCUUUAAAAGUGGGGAGGUUAAGUAGUUUGACGUGGGUGUAUUAUGCGUGUUAAAUAAUCAGUCUAAUUUCAAUAUUUAUGUUCAUUGAAUGUUUCUUGCUUUUUUCGACUGAAUUCAGCCAUUAUAAUUUUUGUAAGUGAAGUAAUCAUUGGAAAAACCAAUCGUCGCGAAUUUGUAAGCAGCCUUAAUGUCGUGAGAAACGAGAGUGGAAUACAAACGCCGCGCGUAUGCACAUAUAUUUCAAUUAAAAGUAAAAGUACCAUGGAAUGCAAGAUAUUUUGGUGUUUGUUCACGGUGAUGCGAUAUUUACUCUUUUCGAACAGUUGUAAUAAUAGUACAUAGUUGAUUCUUCUGUCAUAAUAGUGCUUCUCCGUUAAACAUUUUGCUGUAAUAAUUAGUGAUCAAACAAUCAAAAUAUUAAAAUGCCAUUCAAAUUCCACCUAAAAAAAAGUAGGCAAUAUAAUGUGGUUUCAAAGAACCAAUAUGUAAUCUGUGUCGAGCUGUUGGAUACAACAUCCAUUGAAUGCACAUUGAGCAUUGAUAGUUUAGGCCAGGAGUGCUUGGACAAUGUAACUCAACGUUUAGGCUUGGGCCAACCAGAAUUUUUUGGACUUCGUUACAUUUCUCGGCACGAUUCUCCAUCUCCAAGAUGGGUGGACAUGGACAAACCAUUAAAAAAGCAACUUGAGAAAGAAGCAAAAAAUUUUAGUCUCUACUUGAGAGUUAUGUACUAUGUUACAGAUGUGCAACUUAUUCAAGAUGAGAUGACUAGGUACCAUUAUUAUCUGCAACUAAAGAGUGAUGUGUUGGAAGGAAGAUUUCCUUGCAAUUCUAGACAAGCUACUCUUUUAGCAAGUUAUUCAAUGCAAGCAGAAUUUGGUAACUAUGAUGCUGAAAGACAUACGAUGGAAUGCUUACAACAAUGCACAUUAUUUCCUAAAGAUGUUAUUCAGUCUGAUCCUGGAGGCUUAGAUUCUUUAUUGCAUACUGCUGUAUGCCAAUACAAGAAUUUAAUUGGUGUCACUCAAGCUGCAUCAGAGGAAUUAUAUAUUUCUAUUGUUAUGCAGUUAGAAGGAUAUGGUAAUGAAACAUUCUCCACUAAGGACAGUGGCAAUAACGAAGUAAUAUUAGGAAUUUCUAUCAAUGGAAUUAUGGUUGUUUAUCCAAGUACACAAACAACACAAUUCUACAGGUGGAAAGACAUAAGUAAUGUCAUAAAUCACAAAAAAACAUUCAGAAUAGAGUGCCAAGCGGAGGGUGAAGAAGCAAAGCAGUUCAUAUUUAGCGAGUCUCGCAAUGCAAAAUAUGUGUGGCGCUUGUGCAUUGCGCAACACACAUUUUAUAUGCAACAUCAAGAAUCACGGCCAUUAGAAAGAUCAACUAACGGGUAUUUUGAUAGCGAUACCAAUGACUCAGGUGAUCAUGCGGUGUCCGUAAAUCUGGAUACGCGGAAUGCUGAAGGACACACGCGAUGGACAAGCUACAAUGAUCUAUCAACAUCACCAUAUCCGCCUGUGGUGUCAGUAUCAUCGACGGACAUCAAUAACUUACGUGCCUUACUUCCUUCCUAUAGACCCGCGCCGGAUUACGAAACCGCGGUUCAAAUGAAAUAUAAUAACGGGGGAAACCCCCCACAGCCUUAUUACGCUAAUCAGUCCACCAUUGUUGGUGCUGAUCUCUCGUGCCUUCUCGGUAAUGUUGUUAACCGAAGUAGAUAUUAAAUUCUUAUAUGUAUUAGAAAUUCUAUUGAUAAAUGUUGUACAGAAGAAAAGUAGUUAUUCUAACAAAGAGGUAUCGCAAUAUUUCAGUUAUCAAUUUAACUAUACUUAAACAUUGCAGUCAAAAUGACGACAAUGUUUGCGAGAAUUCUUUGUGAAUAUUAUAAGUGCUUUCAGAGUUCAGUAUUCUUUAAUAAUCAUUCACACAUAAAUAUUUUGUAAACGUUAUAGACUACCCAAUGGAGAUUAGUAGCAAAGACUGAUACGCACAACACUGAAUCUGUGUUUUUCUAUUGUAUGUCUAAAAACCUAUUAUGUUUAAGUAGUAUAUGUUUCAAACUGUAUCUCAAUUGUUCUUUAACAAUACAAUGUUAUACUUUAUGUCAUAUUCACAUAGAAAUGUAUUGUAUAUAUAGGUUGAGCCUAUUUUUUUAAUCUGUUUAUUUAGAAACCUGUAUUUAUUAUUGUAAUUAAAGUAAAAUUUCCAACUGUCAACUGUUUAAAAUGGUUGAUUGUAACAAUUCUUAUUUUAAUAAACUAUUAAAAAGU